AUGGGGAAGACUUUGCUGUUAUUCGAUGUUGAUGGAACGCUGACUGCAGCAAGACGGGGGAUCAAUCCUGAAAUGCGUAGCUUCUUGAUGGACGUUCGAGCAAAAGGUGUCCCAAUUGCGGUCGUUGGUGGCUCUGAUUUGAAUAAGAUUACCGAACAAUUGGCCGAUAGCGAUCACGAUAAGUUAGUCAGCAGUUUUGACUAUGUGUUCGCCGAAAAUGGUGUCGUUGGAUUUCACGGUAAAGAUCAAUACUCAACCAAGCUGAUCCAAGAUCAAAUGGGCGAGGAGAAACUCCAGGAUUUGAUCAAUUUCGUUCUCGAGUACUUCUCGAAGCUGAGAUUGCCACAUAAGCGAGGGAAUUUCGUGGAGUUUCGGAAGGGUAUGAUCAAUUUCUCACCAAUCGGAAGAAGCUGUUCGCACGAGGAAAGAGAACAUUUUGUUGCCUACGAUAAAGAGCAUAAAAUCCGCGAAACAUUCGUGAAGAUACUAGAGGAGAAAUUCAGCAGUUAUGGUCUCACAUUUGCCAUUGGAGGCCAAAUCUCGGUGGAUGUUUACCCGAAUGGAUGGGAUAAAACGUAUUGCUUGCAAUAUUUGGAGAACGAUUUCGAAACGAUUCAUUUCUUUGGCGAUCGCACGAUGCCUGGUGGCAACGAUCAUGCAAUCUAUGUGGACAAAAGAGUGAUCGGACACUCGGUGGAAGGACCGAAUGAUACAAAGAAACAGGUUGAAGAGACUUUAAACACUCUUCAU